AUGGGCAGGUCCCGAGGGAGUGCCAUGCCCGAUACCAUCAUCAAAGGACAUACUUCUGCUGAUAUCUUCGACUAUGUACAGUAUGUCGAUCUGAACAGCGUCCAGGGACUUGAAGACCUUCGUGCCCCAAAAGAUCCGGUUUAUACUUGGAAUGUAAGGAUCCUCAAGGAAUUGCAUCGGAAGUCUCGUGGAGAUUACGUCCUUCUUGGAGGACAUGGGCCUUUGGCACAAGUUCAUUAUGACAUUGGAAAGGAUGAAGCAAGACACGCACUCGUCCCAAAAGACUACACCUUCGCGAUGAUCACCAAUAAGAUCCACUUCAUCAAGUUCCCUAAUGUGAUCCAGAACUACACCACGGCGCGAGCGACUUGCACGGCGGACGGCAUGGGACAACUGAUCAUGGACGACAAGGGUGAAGCGUGGCACAACUGGAUCUGGCAGUACGUCUACCCUAAGAUGGGUGGGACGAAUGGAAUGUGGUUAGGAAUUGAUGACUUGCAGCAGGAAGGGGCCUGGAAAUGGAAUGACGUUAGCAGAAUCUCGGAACAAUAA